UGACACUCAUGGGACAGAGGAAAAGUAGUCAUUCCUUGGUAUGUUCCCCUUGAAGAGAUCAGAAUUUGCAAUACUGACUAGUAAGGAUAACGUUUGAAAAUUGUUCCACAGUGACACUUUGCAUACCUCGCAAUUAAAUGGUUACUGUAGCAACUUGUGUAUAGUUAGUGUUCGGCAGUCCGAUCUACUAGGGGGAGGGGGGCGGUGCGCGUUGUGGGAGGGAGACUUGACACACUCGAUCUCUUGGCGCAGAUGUUAAGAAUUCCUGUUGUUGUUCAAUAAAGAGUCAGUUACAAGCCACGACUUGCCUGACACUUCGAUACGCUACAUUACUUUUUCAAUUGCGGGGCCAAAGCUCGGAAAAAACAGCGCGUCGCUUUCUUGAAUGGAAUCACAAAAGCUGCUGGUGGAAAGUGCCGAACGAACCCCCGGAGAUUACGGAUGCUGGUCGGGCAGAGAUCACCGGAACCCUACUAAGCGGACGGACCCGGUCAAAUGCCGAUCGAGCAGUGUCAGCGGACAAGCAGAUGAGGACCUCCACAUCCAACAAGCUAUUGUUCUCAUUGAAGAUGCCAUUCAGUAUCGGUCCAUUAACCACCGGGUGGAUGCAAGAUCACUUCGUCUGUAUCGUUGGUACUACUCAAGGAUAUAUCAGUGGACCUUAGGCCUGACCAUUGGAGUGGUGCUGUUGCUAGCUUUUGUGGAGCGGCCAUCUUCCCUUUCUAUAACCUCUGACUCUCGAUAUCGCUCUCCACCCUGGGAGCCUCCUUGCGGUUUCACUGAGAGCAUUGAGAUAGUCUGUCUUAUCAUCUUCACUCUUGAUCUUGCUGUUAAGAGCUACUUAAUUGGCUGGGAUGAGUUUAGAAAGAACAAAUGGCUGAUGAGCUAUACCAUUGUCACUUCCGUCUCCAUCAUUGACUGGGUGUUGUCAAUCAGCAUGGUCUGUGAUGAGAAAAUGAGAGUCAGAAGAUUUUGUCGACCAUUCUUCCUCUUGCAAAACUCAUCCCUGAUGAAAAAAACACUGAAGUGCAUCAGGAGAACUCUGCCAGAGAUUGCAAGUGUCAUUUUGCUGUUGGCACUUCAUCUCUGUCUGUUUACUAUGAUUGGCAUGUUGUUGUUUCCUAAAACUGAGGAUCCACUUAAGAAUGAAGAGUGGAAACUGUAUUUUCGAAACCUUUCUACUUCACUUACUUCGCUGCUAGUGCUGCUCACUACAGCAAACAACCCAGAUGUGAUGAUUCCUGCUUACUCCCUAAACAGGGGAUAUGCCAUUUUCUUUGUCUCCUUCAGUGUUAUUGGAACAUAUUGCUUGAUGAAUUUACUGACAGCCAUUAUCUACAACCAGUUCAGAGGAUAUUUGCUAAUGUCAGUCCAAACAUCUAUCAUUAGAAGGCGUCUGGGAAUCCGAGCAGCCUUCCAAGUCCUUAGCUCUCAUGAUGAAGAUAAUGCUGCUAGGGAACGUGUGCCAAUUGAUGCUGUGCUCCAAGUGAUGUCCAGGAUCCAGAUGCAGAGCUACUACAGAGAGGCGAUCACUACUAAGUCUCGUCAAUAUGAAACUGAAGGCUUCAUGAAUAGAGAGGAGUUCAAACACAUAUUUGAUGAACUGGAUAAAGAUCGUAUAGAAGAGCACCCAUCCGUACCACAGUAUAACUCUAUGGGACUGCAGAAGCUCCAGGUGAUCUUCAGCCACUACUAUUUUGCUGUAUUUAGCAAUGCAGUGGCGAUGGCCCAUGUGGUGUGCAUAUGUGCUGUGUUGGUAUUGAAUUCAGAAAAGUCCACAGCAGAGAAAGAUAACCAUUACAUGGAGAACACGUGUUUUAUCAUCUACUACCUGUUUGAAAUGUGUGUGAAGAUAUUCGCCUUGGGCUGGAAAGGGUACCUUUCCUUCAGGAACAAUAUCUUCGAUGGAUUCCUCACCGUCCUGCUGCUGGUCCUGCAGAUAACUAUUUAUGUCACCUACGGGCUUACUCACUCACAUAUGAGCCCAUCCUCUCAGGGAAUGUUUUCUCUGCAGGAGAUGGUUCGAUUUGUUAACAUGCUGAUUGUCUUCCGCUUUCUGCGCAUCAUACCAGAUAUUAAGUUAAUGGCUUUAGUUGCAAGUACUUUGCUGGACCUGGUGAAAAACCUCAGAGCCUUUGCAGGGAUACUGGUGGUGGUUUACUAUAUAUUUGCUGUGUUUGGCAUCUGGCUGUUUGAGGGGGUCAUUAAACCACCAGCACAUAUGAGUGUCCCAUAUAAUACAACAAUGGAAAAUACCACCUCUAACUUCAGCCCUGAGUGUGGCACCUAUGAACAGCUAGGCUACUGGCCAAACAAUUUCGAUGACUUUGCUGGAGCCAUCAUUUUGCUGUAUGAUAUCAUGAUAGUCAACAACUGGCAGGCCUUCAUGGAUGCGUAUACCAGAUAUACCACUGAAUGGUCAAAAAUCUACUUUGUCUGUUGGUGGUUCACCUCCUCUGUCAUGUGGGUAAACUUGUUUGUGGCACUCAUCCUAGAGAACUUCACCUAUAAGUGGGAUCGCAGCCACAACUGCUCUGUUACAGAUGUCGAUAGGAUCAGAUAUGAAGCAACUGUUCAACUCAUGUUCAAAGAGCAAGUCAAGGAGCCAACGGAAGAAGAAUUGCUUUGUCAGCUACAACAGCACCGCCACCUUCACUUACACUGGGGACACACGACCCAAACUUACAGUGAAACCAUGGCAGUGCAGGAAGGUGAGACAGAGCUGCUGGAGAGCAGAGCUCAUUAAGACACACCUGCUAAAAAUCUACAAUCAGAUGGCUUCUUAAGGAUGCUCCGGAUGCUAGUCCUGUGCCAGACGUUUUUGCCUUUGCACCCAUUCACACAUGCUUCUGCUUCCCGCUGGGAGUUAUUCUUUGUUUGUUUUUUCCUCCUUGAGAUUAUUUUGUGUUUUGCAUUUGUAUCAAGAAAAGUCAAUCCCUAAGAGGUGAUUUUUCUGUAUUUGUGCUCAAAUAAAUUUGAAUUAUUCUGCA